AAGACUAUUUCAGCUCAAGUUGCUACUAGUUUCAAAAGUGCAAAAUUAGUCAUCCUCAUUUGCUGUGGAGCUUUGCCAUGGGAUGUGCUCACGUGAAGCAAGCCAGUGAACCAGAGUUGAAGAUGUCGCCGUCGCACCAGUUCAAGGAUCCAUUUGACAAGAUCCUCAUGGAGGACACUGGCUUCGGCAUACGAGGUGUCAGUGACGCAUCCACCGCCUCGGGUGCUUCGGAUGGCUCUGAUGACCUCCUUGAUUUGUCAUGGUCUUCGUGGAAUGAGACGGACCCAGCUCCAUACAUGCCACCAACACGACAGACGCAUGAAGCCUUCAACAAUGUCAUGGGCAAAUUCUUGAAUCAGGUUGAACAGAAGCCCAAGAGGUUUGAGAAGAUUGUCAGCAUGUACCGGGCACGAUCUGGCUUCACAGCGGACGAGGAAGAUGUCAUGGAGACUGUUGCCAUUUGAAAGGUCUCCUUGGGAGAGGAUGCGGAAUUUGAGAUGCUGUAUCGCUCUCUUGGAAUAUUCUUUAUUAUAGGAACGUGGUCCUAUCUGAUCUUGGGUUUGCCCUAGAGAAAGAUAUGCCAUUUGAAUCCUGCCAAGUUUGCAGUGAGCCGCCGCAACGUGUAGCAAGCCUUAAGUUUGGUAGUUGAAGCGAAGGGCUGCGGCCUUCCUUCAGCUAAAGAUAGAAGGGUUUCCUACGCUUUUCACGGCGGCACGAAUGCGCUCGUUGACUGCAGCUAUCUUCGCGGAAGUACAAGCUGUGUGUCAACUUGCAGUAGGUUUAGGAUGCAAAUGUUCUUUGUUCUAAUUAACGAUGCAGCUCUUGAGCACUUUUGAGUGCUUCGAACUGCAGGUUUGUGCUCGGGGCAGGGUCCAGGUCAGGGUUUGUGCUCGUGUUUGCUGAGAAUUCGCUUGAGAUGUUUUGGCCUGGACCGCGCGCUGGGAAAUGCAUCGGUCAACGAUUCGAUGCAGAAAAUAUUCUUGCUUCCAAUAUUCUAUGUGAAACUUGCACCUCUUGGGCACCUCAUAUUUGGCUUCGCUACUUGGGAACCAAGUGGCUUUUGCGCUGCCUUUCAUGAAGUAGGCUCUAAAUUCUUAGGUUUGCGACUCGAUGUGCGGUAAGGUGUCCAAUGCUUGACCAGACCACUCCGAGCUGUUUUUUUGUUUGGGUUUGUGGGCAACUUCUUUGGACUCACGGAACUGGCAUCGCUCGAGUCUGCUCAUGCAGCGCCGUGCAGCGCCCAUGUGGCUGAAUGUCGCCGCGCCCUUCAGAGAGAGGAGGCGACGCUGUGUAAUGUGUACAGCAAUGCACACCUGUCUGUUCUGGGCAAAUUGAGAAGAUCAAGAGCCCAGUGACCCGACGCUGUGCAAAAGA